AUGACAUUUGAGAUCGUGAAGACAAGUGGCAAGAGACAAAAGGCAAGAGACAAGUGGCAAGAGACAAGUGGCAAGAGACAAGUGGCAAGAGACAAGUGGCAAGAGACAAAAGGCAAGAGACAAAAGGCAAGAGACAAAAGGCAAGUGGCAAGAGACAAGUGGCAAGAGACAAAAGGCAAGUGGCAAGAGACAAAAGGCAAGUGGCAAGAGACAAAAGGCAAGAGGCAAGUGGCAAGAGACAAAAGGCAAGUGGCAAGAGACAAGUGGCAAGAGACAAGUGGCAAGAGACAAAAGGCAAGAGACAAAAGGCAAGUGGCAAGAGACAAGUGGCAAGAGACAAGUGGCAAGAGACAAGUGGCAAGAGGCAAGUGGCAAGUGGCAAGAGACAAAAGGCAAGAGGCAAGUGGCAAGUGGCAAGAGACAAGUGGCAAGAGACAAAAGGCAAGAGGCAAAAGGCAAGUGGCAAGAGACAAAAGGCAAGAGACAAAAGGCAAGAGACAAGUGGCAAGAGGCAAGUGGCAAGAGACAAAAGGCAAGAGACAAAAGGCAAGAGACAAAAGGCAAGAGGCAAGUGGCAAGAGACAAAAGGCAAGAGACAAAAGGCAAGAGACAAAAGGCAAGAGGCAAGUGGCAAGUGGCAAGAGACAAAAGGCAAGAGGCAAGUGGCAAGAGACAAAAGGCAAGAGGCAAGUGGCAAGUGGCAAGAGACAAAAGGCAAGAGGCAAGUGGCAAGAGACAAAAGGCAAGUGGCAAGAGACAAAAGGCAAGAGGCAAGUGGCAAGUGGCAAGAGACAAGUGGCAAGAGGCAAGUGGCAAGAGACAAAAGGCAAGAGGCAAGUGGCAAGUGGCAAGAGACUAAAGGCAAGAGACAAAAGGCAAGAGGCAAGUGGCAAGAGACAAGUGGCAAGAGACAAAAGGCAAGAGACAAGUGGCAAGAGACAAAAGGCAAGAGACAAAAGGCAAGAGACAAAAGGCAAGAGACAAAAGGCAAGUGGCAAGAGACAAAAGGCAAGAGACAAAAGGCAAGAGACAAGUGGCAAGAGACAAAAGGCAAGAGGCAAGUGGCAAGGGACAAAAGGCAAGUGGCAAGUGGCAAGAGAUAAAAGGCAAGAGGCAAGUGGCAAGAGACAAGUGGCAAGAGACAAAAGGCAAGUGGCAAGAGACAAAAGGCAAGUGGCAAGAGACAAAAGGCAAGUGGCAAGAGACAAAAGGCAAGAGGCAAAAGGCAAGAGACAAAAGGCAAGAGACAAGUGGCAAGAGACAAAAGGCAAGAGACAAGAGGCAAGAGACAAAAGGCAAGAGCAGCGGAAGAUUUCUGCUAGUUUACUUAUAGUUCCGGCUGCUUGCUUGCACUUCAAGCCUCCAAGCACUGGCCGGGAAAUCAAGCAUGAAAAGUUGCUGCCCAUCAUCUGCAUCGAGCGUAGUCGGGGAUCGCCAGUGACCGAAGAAUAUAUUCAAAAGCGUGAAGACAGGAGCCCAUUUUCUUGCUCGGUUCUCAGAGAUUCGUCGGACAUUGGACAGAUGAAUGUGAAUAAAGAUGGAGGCUUGAUUCACAGAUAUCGCCAUUUUACAUUCGUUUAUCCAUCUUUCUACAUCUAA